AUUUGCCACUAUAAAGUCCCGGUGUUUCGCUUAAUUAUAGCCCUUGUAAAAUCGUACUUUUUUUUUUUUGUUAUGCUAAAUUAAUAUAAUUAUAACCAAUGUGACGUGCAAAUGAUAUGUGGAAUGUGUAAAGCGAUUAUGUAAGACAACAAAUAAUGCUGAUAAGUUCCAGUUGAGUUCCACAACGAUCAAUCAGAGGCGGAUUACAAUGGCUACAAUAACAAAAGCAACAACAACAACAACGGAAGCAAAAGCUGCUACUGCCAGUAAAAUGCUGGAAGCAGCCUUAGAACAAAUGGACGGAAUUAUAUCAAACACCUCAGGCCAAGUGAGUGGAGGAUCUGCAGUUGGAGCUAUUUCUUCGCUGACACUGAGCGAGCGUAAUCUAAUUUCGGCCACAAAUGUUCUAUCAACAGCCAAGACACUGGCCCUGGCCCUGCAACAGGUAGGCUUGGCGGCCCCAGCUCCGGAUCCCGUGACAGCUGCCAUUAUCAGUGAUUGGCUGGAGACGCAUAUACCCCGCCAAGACUCCGAUGAGCGUAUGCGACGCCUGCAGAGGGACAAGGAGGGCCUGGCCCUGCAAUAUCAAAUGCUGGCCGAGCGCGUAUCAGAGCAGGCAGACCGAAUUAUUGAGCUCGAAGGUUUGCUGCAAGAGAAGACGCAACUGUUGGGUGCCAAAGAUGAGCAACUGCAACGCCAGAUGAUCUCUCGAUCUGCUUUGGAAACACAGAAAUUGGAAUUAAUGAGUGCCUUAAGUGAACUGAAGCUUCAUCGUACUGCUCUGGAGAAGGAGAAUGAGUUUCAGGCACACCAAGAAAAAACAGCAGCAGGCGGUAGCUUGAGUAAUCUGAAUCAGAAAGCUUUUAUGGGUUCGCCCAAGACGCCGCCGUCGGCUUUGCGUCAUCAGAUCAAACCGCAGUUUCACAGUCUGCCCCGUGCCCAUGGCAAGCAUAGUCACCAGAUCAACAACAAUAACAACAAUAAUAAUCACAAUCGCUCGCUGGAUGUCAAUGCCAAUACGAGUGGCAAACAGCGUAAUGUGGCCUUUGCUUCGAAUGAACAAAUUCUCAUUGACGAUGUCAUCCCGGAUGCAGAAUCCUCCAUGUUCUCCAGCUUCAUAUCGCAGUCGACACCAUCGCCCAAAUUGCGCUCACGUUUCCGCAACAUUUUCGGCAUGCUGCGACGCAGUAACAGCAGCAAUUGCGAGCUAACCGCCUUGGAGCAGGCAGAGCCCGAGUUCCGUCGCGGCGGCUCAAGGGCUACAGCCGGCGGACGCAUUGAGUGGAGUGCCCAGACUUCAUUGUUUAAUGAUGUGGCUAAACAUUGGAGUAAAUGGAAUAGUCAAGAUGUCUGCCAAUGGCUUGGUUCAAUGGGUUUGGGUUGCUACGAAGACAAUUGUCGAAAAUGGCUUAAGGACAAUCCAACUGUAUCCAUAUUUACUGCUUCACCCGUGGACAUUGAACAUGAACUGAAUUUAAAGUUGCCAUUGCAUCGUAAGAAGAUAUUGCUAGCCAUUAAUGAAAUCACGGGCAAAGAGUUCGAUGAACUAGCACUAAAGGCAUCCCAAUUGGAUGUGGGUUGGGUCCUACGUUGGCUGGACGACAUCGGUUUGCCACAGUACAAGGAUUACUUUCUGCAGGCCAAGGUUGAUGGACGAAUGCUGCAUCGCUUGACUCUGGAGGAUCUAUCGCAAUUACAUGUUAGUUCCUGCCUGCAUAUUGCCUCAUUGCGGGCAGGCAUAUUGUGUAUGCGUAAAAUGAAUUGGAAUGCCGAGGGCUUAAUACGACGAUCGACACGAUUAACAACAAACAAAGAGGAAAACGAUGACGAUGAGAAUUGUUUGUCAGCCAGCCGACCCGACACAGAGAAUGUCGAACUGUGGACAGCUCAUCGGAUAAUGGGUUGGCUGCAGACCAUCGAUCUAUCCGAGUAUACACCCAAUUUGCGUGGAGCUGGUGUUCAUGGUGCCUUAAUGCUGUAUGAGACUCGUUUCAAUGCGGGUCUAUUGGCCGAUUUACUCUCAAUACCGCCAAGUAAAUCGCUUUUGCGUCGCCAUUUGGCCAUGCAUUUCAAAGAGCUGGUUGGACGGCCCAUUAUAUUGGCUAAACGUGAUGCUGAAGAGGCACCCGGCUAUCAGCCAUUGACCAUAACGGCCAAGCUAAAGCCUGUCAAGCGUACGCAAUUCUCUUUAAAGCGUCGCAAAAGCACCAAAGGACAAACCGAUAUCGAUUGGACUGAAUAUGUGUGCCCCAUGAAUGCCUUGGUGCCGGAUUUGAGAGCAUCCAAAACUGAUGUGGUCAAAGACCCAGAGAGCUCCAUUAGCUCAAAUUAAAUACAAGAAAGAAAUGAAGAAAACAAUAAAUCACAAAAAGGGUGCGGAAAUCAAUGCACAAUUAACUAAAAAAAAAAAAGGAGAAAAUACACAUACAAAUACAAUUUAUAUUGUUAAUCUAGUUUUAAGUGAGCAUAGAACGAACGAAGAAACUGCCCCCAAAAUAAGCAAAGAUACCAAACACAAAACACAUCGACAAUAUUAGCAAAGAAUUUAAAGCCUAGAGAGAGAGAGAGAGAGUUAGCCCCUAAUGUUUAGCUCAAAAUCCAAUCUUCCAGAAUAUCUACAUCUAUAUAUACCCUAUACAUACCAGAAGCAAAACAUUUUCUUUCUCCUGCAAUCAAACCUUUCACCUAAAACUAAGAAGAACUCUUUUUGUAUUUAAGGAAAUGGAAUUUUUUAAUUUGAAACAAACGAGAAGUAUUUAGCAAUGGCAUUGAAACGACCUUUAAAAGCAAAUUAAAAAUAAGCCCAAAAGUUCAUAUUUUUUUCGGUAUAUAUAUCUAUAUAUAUAUAUAUAUGCAUAUCAUAUAUUAAUAAAUACUAAUAGACUUAUGGACCAUCA